AUGGCCAUAUGGAUACUGGCCUUGACCUUCGGUUCGACCAUAUACUGGUUUCCAACCCACUGGGAUUUCUGGGGACACCGCAUCGACGGUCUGAACUGGGUAUCCGCCAAGAUUCAGCUCACCAUUACGGGUGUAACGGGACAUUAUGCCGACAUCCUACUUGGCCUCCUGAUCAUACCCGUGUCGAGAAAUAGCCUUGUUGGACAGGCAUUCUUUGUACAUCACCGCACUUUACUUUUCGCUCAUCGACUCAUUUCCUACAUUUUCUCGGUCGCCGUUGCUGCGCAUGGCAUUACAUAUAUCGUUUAUGCUGCAGUUGGCAGCAGUGAAGGAGACCAAGCCAAAGAAGAGGCUUUGGCAACAGAAAAUCCAACAAUGACCCUGUCAGAGAGCAAAAAACGAAGCUCCUGGUUCGUGCAGACCACAUACACCGGGAUUGCCGCCCUUCUGCCCAUCUUGGCGGUCCUCGUCACUUCACUCCCCAUUGUAAUAUUUGUUGCCCCUUGUAUUCAUGCCAGUACAGACUUCUAUCUUCUUCUCCCUGGCCUGCUGUUGUGGAUAGCGGAUUGGGUGAGGAGAGUAUUCUUUGGAGAAACCAAUGGGCUGAGUAUAAAGACCGUCGACACGCUCGAGAAUACAGGCGGCAACUGGGUUAGAAUCUCGCUUCCUGCGAAGACUUCUGCACAACAGAUGAUGGAGAAACCCAUAUUGACCUGUGAGCCCUUACUGUAUUACUAUCUCAAUGCUCCAGCGGUCAGCAUGUUCCAAAUCCAUGCUUUCACGGCUGCAGUUUCGGCUUCCACCAGUCAUGGACCCAGGUUCCUGCUUCAACGCGUGAGCGGCAAACCUCAAAAGAGACUUGACAAAGAAUGGACUUGGAAGUUGGGCGCUUUGGUACCCAAUAUCCAAGACAGGCGGGAUCUGGAAAUUCGACUUGAGGGACCUUAUAACAUCAACAAUGCCGGAUACAUCAAUGCAACUCACAUAUUGUGCAUUGUUGGUGGAACAGGUGUCACAGGGGCUAUAAGUCUAGCGCGUUGGUGGCUAGACGCCGGGUCUGCGAAUGGCCGGUUCACCCUGAUUUGGACUGUGCGUACCAGCGAGCCACUCGAGAUCAAGGAGUGGGCAGAUCUAGUGGAUGUAGCAACUACUAGCAGAAAUCUCGACAUCAGGUCACACAUUAGCUCUGAAAAUGGGCGUUUGGACACUGCGUUGAUACUUAGGGAGGCUGUUGAAGUGCGCAACGCUAUGGAUACCGACGCACGCGGAGAUGGAUGGAUCUAUAGCGCAGGACCCCAUGCCCUGGUAAAGGCGACUGAGCGAACUUGUAUCGAAGUACGCAAGGAUCUGGUGAGGAGCAGAAACAGUGGCAAUCAAGGGUCCUGGGCGCUGAAGGACUUCUCUUGGUAUAUUGAAGCUUAA